AUGUCCCUUCAGUACCUAUUCGAGAAUUUCUCGGAACAUUCGGUCCCCAGUUUAAGCGAGAGGAUAGGAGAAGCCCCACCCGAGUGGCUGGCCGGCAGCUUCCUCCGGAAUGGCCCCGGUAAAUUUCGCUACGGUGAUUCUGAAGUGCGGCACUGGUUCGAUGGGAUGGCCUACCCACAACGUUUUCAUUUUUGUGGAGGUCAGCUACUCUACAGCGCCAAAUUCCUCAAGUCCCAUGCGUAUUUGGCUUGCGAGGAGGAGCAGCGGCUGGCAGUGUCCACCUUUUCCACGCCACGCCCGGCUGACGUGACGGAUGACAAGGGGUCCUACAAUUGCCUUGUUAAUCUCUUGAAGGUUGGCAAAUCGAUCUACGCGAUGACGGAAACCUCAAAAGUUGUGCAAAUCUGCCCGUACUCGUUGGAGGUAUUGGCACAGGAAGACAUUAGUAUGUAUGUGCAAAUCCUCGCCUGUACGGCUCACCCGAUCCGCGAUCACGACGGGACGCUGUACAACAUUGGAUUGGGGCCCAGGCACGAAUACAUUUUUAUGAAAUGCCCGAGUGGCCGGCGGCAACAACUGAGCAAUACCAGUGUCCUGGGCAGCGUGCCGUUCACCGACCAGCCUUAUCCUGCCUACUACCAUUCGUUUGGAAUGACUGAAAAUUAUCUGGUCCUUUUCGAGACCCCGCUCCGGAUCGCAAUGGAAAAGUUGGGGAGCUCCGAGCCAACCUGUUUUCGCGACGCCCUAUUUUGGAAAGGAUGGGGGGCAUUGGUUAACAUCAUUCUGGUCGAUAAAAAGGCUGGAAAUCGGCACCCGCGCAAGUUCUUCGCACCGCCUUUUUUCACCUUUCACCAUGCCAACGCCUUUGAGCGCGACGGAUUUUUGUACGUCGAUUUUUGCCUUGUGGAGAAUCCGGAGAAUUUCGAGGACUUGCUGCUAGAACACAUGCGAGAUGGGUCAUUUUCAUCUAGGAACCCAUUGUUCCGCCCAUUUCUCCAUCGAAUCGUCAUUCCUACCGAUGUUUCCGGGGAUAUUGAGGCUGGCAUCGACUUGGCGGUGACGGCCACAUCAUCGCGAGGCGCUCAAGCUAUCCUUCAGGCCGAUGGCUCUGUCUUCUGUAUACCUGCCAAAAUCUGCCAACAAUCCUUCGAACUGCCGCGUUUCAAUGAGCGCUUCACCGGACGGCCAUAUCGAUUCGUGUACGGAACGACGAUACUGUACGCCGGACAGGAACGACGGGUUCCCGGGGUGGUCAAAAACGAUGUGAAUACUGGAGAAACGCUAAUCCACUACAAGGACGAUCCGGAGCAACUUUUCGGAGAGCCGGUUUUCGUAUCGAGUCCAAACGGAACGGCCGAAGAUGACGGGGUGAUUCUCGUGCCGGUGAUGAGCGCCAACAAGCGGCAAAAGCCAAUUUUCAUGAUUCUCGACGCCAAAAGCCUUCGCGAGAUUUGUCGGUACGUUCUACCCGUUCCACGGAUCCCCAUGGGUUUCCACGCAAUAUUCGUUGAUGCAGCAGCCGGAGACAAAGAAAAU